GGCACAUGUGACCUCUAUGUCUCCUCCUGGCUGCCUCAGGGUCCCGGGCGGUUGAGAAAGGAGUGAAUAUCCCUCUCUCCUCCACCUUCCAGAGUGGGGCUGUUCCUUUCCCUCUGCCCCCCUUCUCUAUCUUCCUCUCUGGGAAGCGUGGGUAUGGUGAUCUCAGUGUUCCCCUGGGAUGGUCGGUUCUUCGGGCUCCGGCCCAAAGGCUAACUGACCACCUCUGCUCAGGUGUCCUGCCAAUUCCAACCCGAGCCCCAGGGCGUGGCCAGGGAAGGCUGCCCUCCUGAGCGACUGGAAGCAGAAAUCGAGGGAAUGAACGGUGGGACAGCAGAAGGACCCCCUUGCAACUUCAAUCCUCCCAGCCAGCCCGGCUUAGAAAGACAGGAACUGGCCUGCGGUCAAAGACCGAGUCCAGACUGGGUCAAUCCGAACCCAUGACCACACCCGACUAGCAGCUGUGCGGAACGCCGGUGUCAUCCUGCAGCCGGAAGUGCCCCGCCGACCACCGAGGAUGAAAAAGAGUCUCAAGUGGACAUGCAAAGCCUGUGGUGAGAAGCAGUCCUUUUUGCGAGCUUACGGUGAGGGCUCUGGUGCUGACUGUAGACGUCAUGUCCAAAAAUUAAAUCUGCUGCAGGGACAGGUUUCAGAGAUGUUACUCAGGUCUGUGGAAGAACCUGUAAAUGCCAGUGAAGAAGAAAGUGCAGGUCAUCAGCAGGCUGAAAACGUGAGUUUGCAGGAAAGAUCACAGCCCACAGAGAGCCGCUGGCUGAAGUAUCUGGGAAAGGGUUCCAAUGAACUGGAGCUGGAAGGAGAAGAAGUGUUUUUCAACAGACAGUCCUCGUCCAGAUUGGAGAAGCCAGACCGUCCCUUCAGUAACAACCUCCCUAGAAAAAGGAAAUGGAGCCCUGACGCCCAGGACUCAGGGAGCAGGGAAAGCGACUCCGAGGUCACCUUGCAGCCCCAGAAGGGCUAUGCUAGCCUGACAGGGAAGGUGAAACAAGGAAGCAGGGGCUGCCUCCAGGAGAACUUGGAGGACUGGAAGACCAGUGAUCUUACCGUUCCUCAGUGGAAACCACCCAGGCCUGCACAGCAGGCUAAGGCUGCAUCUUCUAAGUGGGAGCGAUUUCUUCUGUCACCUGGAAAGAGCUCCCAUGUGGACACAGAACCACCAAGACUGCUGCAAACAGGCCCCAGGUCAGCCAGUCCAUCACAGCCUGAGCCCUGCACCCAGAGCCCAAGGGAAGGCCACCCUAGCGGGCCCCCCGGUGUUCUCCAGGUUCCUUGGGUCCCACACGCUCCCACCUCUGGGGCCAGGAGGCCCUGCAGGACCGCCGAGCAGCCAUGGGGCCCAGGAGCUUUUCAGGUAGAGGGUGGGCCCUCGGUCAAAGUAGAACAGCAACCCCCACCUGUGCUGCUGUGUGACCUGUUUAAAACUGAUGAGGACUUUGAUGAUGACCUGUGAACUGAGGCCAGUAUGUUAUGACUUGAGGUAUAUUUUGUUACAUGAGCCCUAUUCUAUCAGAUCUCUAGAUGACUGGAAACAGGGUUCCCAUAAGUUGCUUUUAAAUCAUAGCGUCGGAUAUAAUUUAUGGAGACUACUGAAAGCUGACAAUAAAUACUACAGAUUAUUUCUUUUGUUGUAGAAAGGACAGCAUCUUUGAUUAAAGUGCUUACAGCAUUUAAUUACAGAUUGAUUACAAAUAUGUUAACAGAAUGGCUACAAAGGAAUUUUCUUACUUCAGAAGCAACUGCCACAUUUAGAAUGGAGAGAACUAUAGUGGUUAUGAACAGGGAGGCAGUACUCAGUGAAAACCAAUGUCUCAGACUCGCCUUAUCAGCCGUUCUUUAUUCCCAAGCACCAAAGCCACGGUACUGGGCUGUCCUGUCCUAACCCCAUUCUUCUUCCCCAGCACCUGCUCCAGGACACCCUCCUCUGCUCCCUGAUGAAACGGUAACAGUACUGUAUCUAAAAUCAGAAUAUAUCAGGUUUCUAAUGGAUAAUAAACUAAAUGUCAGCAUACCAUUAGUCAUUAAAAAAAAAAAAAAGCAGAAGGUCAUUAGGCAAGAUAUAUUCUGGACUGCUGGUAUCAUCCUGGGGGUGGGUGGACAGGAAUAGGCUGCAGUGUGCCUCCUCAGCAAGGGCAAGGCCCAGAGCCAAGGCACACGAGGGACACUGGUUUUGUUUCUCAAAACAUCAAUCUCAAAACAGCCAAGUUCUCAAACAUACACAUACCUGGAAGUCCUCCUCAUGUCACUUGUUCUACUACCCUAAAUGGCGUCAUGCAUCCCCACCCCCCAGAUUCUGGAAGAAGAAUGUAGAGAAAAGUGGCCCUUACAGAGGCCCUGCUGUUCUACACUAGCUCAACACAACUGGGAGACAAAAAGGGGUACAGACUAGGUGAGCAAACACUGUCACAAUGGUGGUGGGUGCUUUGAAUACUGGAUGGUGUCCAGGGCAGCUCCAAUGUCGUAAUUCUUGGUCUGUAGGAGCCUGGUGAGCCAGCCACCUUCGUCAGAGAAACCCAUGGACAGCAUCUGGGAGAGGGACUCAAUCAGCCGGGGGUCAGCUUCUGCCGGAGACAGUCACAGGAGCCCAUGAGGAGAGUCAGUGCCAAGGCCCCCAUCCCCCAGCCAGCAAGUAACCACCCACCCACGAAGACCCUCCAUGUGCACACUUUACCCACACAGGGACCCCUAAGGCAGGGACUGGCAAAUGUUUUCCAUGAAGGGCCAGAUAUUUUAAGCUUUGCAGGCUAUAUGGUCUCUGUCACAACUACUCAACUCUGCCGUUGUAGCACGAAAAUAGCCUAAACAAUAUGUUAAAAAAAAAAAAAAAGCGGGGGGGACAUGG